GGGGCGGGUGCGGGCCAGUGGGCGGUGCGGAGCCAGGGCCAGGGCCGGGGAACAUGUGGGUGCGGGCCGGACAGGGAGCACGGCGGGGGAUGGCGGCGGCGGACCUGCAGGAGCUGCGGGCGCUGGUGGAGCGGGCCGGCGGCCGGCAGGCAGUGCUGCUGGUGGCCGAGGUGGUGGAGGGGGCCCCGGCGGCGCCCGCGCUCGCCGCCUUCGCCCGCGACCUCCUGGGAGACGAGGCGCCGAGCGCACCGUGCCCGGGGCCGGUGCCGGGGUACCGGGCGAGGCGGGCGGCCGGCGGCGGCCGGCGGGCGCUGCGAGCGCGGCUGCUGCUGGUGCUGUGCGGCGGCGGCGCGGCGCGGGGCCGCGGGGCGCGGACCCGCCUGCGGGAGGUGGUGCGGGACGUGCGAGGCCGCCUGCCCGCGGGGCCGCCGCCCGCCGUCGUGGGCGUCCUGCUGCCCGGCGGGGACGGAGAGGACGCGGCGGUGCUGGAAGCGGCGCUGCGGCGGCAAUUCCCGGCGCCCGGCACGGUGCAGGCGGCCCGGUACAGCCCGGGCAGCCCCGGCGACUGCCGCGCCGCCGCCUGCCGCGCCCUGCGGGCCGCCCUGCAGCACGCCGCAGAAGACAUGAAAGACAGGGAGAGGUGGAGGCUCCCAUCCUUCCUGCAGUGCAUUUCUUGGAACCAGACGAGCUGGAGAAAAGAUUACAAAGCAAAAGCUGAAAACAACAUUCAUGAAGAUGACCUGCAGGACCCUGAGGAAGAAGUGGCUCUGGCCAGCCUUUCCCCCAACGGAAACUGUGAAGAAGCUGCUGGAGGCGCAGGCACCUAGAGCUGCUGGGCAUCCCACACAGUCCACAUCCCAGAUCUGCCCAGGGGAUUUGGAGCAGUGGAGGAGGAGCUGGUGCAGGUGCUCUCCUCCAAGGACCACAGCUCCAGGGAAAAGCUGCUUGGCUGAACUCAUCAGGGUCUUUUGUAGCUGCCACCAGCCCUGGGGGUCUGUGCCAGAGCCAUUCCCUCCUGUGCCCUGCUGCCCUGGGGCACCUGGAGCUGCUGCUGGACACUGGGCUUCUGAGAAGCCCUUUGGGGAUGUACCCCACAUCCUGGACAAAAUGACAUUGGCAUAUGAAAUGCAGCCACCUGUUUGAAGAAUUAGAAAUGUUUUCUAAUUCUGAGCAAAGUUCCCUGCUGAGCUUGCUGGGGCUGGCCUCCCUGGCAGACUGAUUCUGCUGCCUUGUUUUCCUGUUUUAUUAGUGCUCUGAAGUUCCCACCCUCCUUGUGAUUAAAAAAGUAAAAAAAAAAAAAAAAAAAGACAA